AUGAACCUGACAUCCAUCUACACCGCCCCAAAAACGGAGGAGCGCGCGCGAUAUUCAACCAAUCAGGGGCGAUAUACUCAGCCCCCGCAUGCCAUGCCAGAUCUUGGGCGGCGCGGGGUACUGUAUAAAGAGUCCCUUUGAACCCCUCAAUACAGUCUACUCUUGUUUUGUUGGACGGACGGACGAGUUUGAUAUCUACGAAGCAACCAACGUACUGUACUUUCACUCACUCACUAUCAAAAAGAAAGAGCGUUUUGUUAAAACCCGACGAGAAUCAUGGAUUUCCUUAAGAAGGCGGCGGCUGCGGCGGGGGGAUCGAAGACCGGUGGGCAGGGCCAGAAUCAACAACAGAUGGGUCAUGGACAGGCGGGGCCGGCGGGACAGAAGGAGGAUUAUGGUGAUAAGGGUAUGUCUUUUUUUCUUCCUCUCUUCUCUGGCUUUUCGUAGGUUGAGGAGAAUGGGUGGAUGCGUGGGAUUGGGGUUAGGAUGGUGUACUGAUGGUGUGGUACUGUAGCUUUCAACUUCCUCGCCAAGAAAUCGGGACAUCAGGUUAACCACGCUACUUCGGAGAAGAUCACCGAUGGGAUGAGGGGCAUGUAUGAGAAGGCAACCGGGUACGUUAUUUUUUUCCUUCUUGCUUUUGUGGAUUUUUUUGGUUUGGUCAUCCCGGAUGAGAUUGGAAUUUUGGAUUUGGAUGGGAUACAAGUAGUUGCUAACGUUUGUUUCCGUGGUAUAGAAAGAAGGUCGAUCCUAAAUACUCCAACUGAGUAAGCUUGGGGGUUGGAAGAGGGAGUUGAGUGGAUAUACCAUGCCUAGAUGGGACGACUUUGUUGUUUAUGAUUUCAUGGACCUUUUUUGGGGGGGGAGGGGGUAGAUGAAUAAUGAAACUUUUAUCCUUCCGCGAAGUUGAGGGGAAGGCUGCAGUGGACUAUUUCAUUGUUGUCUCUUCUUUCUAGAUUGGCUGUAAUGGUGGUCUUUUGAGUGGUAACUUUGGCUGUCUAGGAUUGUCUAGUUGAGAAAGAGGUAGUAUACUUAUACUGGUAAAUUACCAAAACUGCGAGCCUUUACAGAGAGAAGACUUAUAUAUCAGCCUUCUCAAGCUUCUCUCCAGACACAUAACCAAAUUCCAACAGCACCAGACCUUCAAAGAUAAAAAAGAAGCUUCAGCCCAC